CCUCCUGCCUCCUGUGUGUACACGGUGCACACUCUCGAGACACGGUUUCGGUCUCAUUGAGUAUCGUCUGUAAAGUUUAAACUUGUUUAUUGCUCGUCAAAAAAAGUGCAACGUGCCGGACAUUUCGAGCAAAUGAAGAUGAAUAUCACGUCAGCGGCCGGUAUCAUCUCCCUGCUGGAGGAGCCAAUGCCGGAGCUCAAAGUUUUUGCACUGAAAAAACUAGAUAUGAUUGUCGAUGAAUUCUGGCCAGAAAUUUCAGAGGCGAUAGAAAAAAUUGAAAUUCUUUACGAGGACACUGCAUUUAACCAGCACAAACUGGCGGCAUUGGUAGCGAGCAAAGUGUAUUAUCAUUUGGGAAGUUUCGAAGAUUCUCUGAUCUACGCCCUUGGAGCUGGAGAACUUUUUGACGUAAAUGCACGCAACGAAUACGUAGACACGACUAUCGCAAAAUGCAUCGACUUUUAUACUCAGCAACGCAUAUUGAUAGCUGAGGGCAAGCUCCUCGCCGAGCCCAAGGACAUAGACCCCAGACUCGAAGGCAUAGUUAACAGAAUGUUCCAGAGAUGUUUGGAUGACAAUCAAUAUCGACAGGCACUGGGACUAGCCCUCGAAACCCGACGAAUGGACAUUUUUGAGGCGGCAAUAAUGCAAUCGGAUGACGUGGGCGGGAUGUUGUCGUACGCGUUUCAAGUUGCGAUGAGUCUGAUCCAGAAUCGUGGUUUCCGGAACACGGUGCUGCGGUGCCUGGUCAGUUUAUACAAGAAUUUGGGGACUCCAGAUUACGUCAACAUGUGUCAGUGUCUGAUAUUCCUGGACGAUCCGUUGGCGGUCGCGGAGCUUCUCGACAGGCUGAGCAAGGGCUCGCAAGAGUGUGUUUUGAUGGGUUAUCAGAUUGCGUUCGAUCUGUACGAGUCGGCAACACAGCAGUUUUUGGGUCGAGUUUUGCAAGCACUCCGGGCAACCGCUCCGAUUCCAAGCGCUUUGACGGUCAAGCCGAUCGUAAAACCGACCGUGAAAGCGACCAACGGUGGAAGCGCUACCGGUGAAGCUGCACCGAGCGCAACGGAGACCGGAGCAGCAGCUGCUGCGGGAGCUGAGGCUCCGGACGCGGCGGCAACCACGCCUGCGGUGCCAGUCGAGGAAAAAGCCCCCGAGCGAAGCCUCGAUAGCCUGACACCGGAAGAACGUGGUCGACAGGAACGCGUCGACGCUCUGUCAAGCAUCCUCGGAGGCGAAGUUUCUAUCGACCUCCAUCUCCAAUUUCUCAUACGGAGCAAUCAUACCGAUAUGCUUAUUCUUAAAAAUACGAAGGACGCGAUACGCGUCUCGAUUUGUCAUACUGCGACUGUUAUCGCGAACGCGUUCAUGCACUCCGGCACUACGAGCGAUCAGUUUUUAAGAGACAAUCUGGAGUGGUUGGCACGAGCGACGAACUGGGCCAAGUUGACGGCGACUGCUUCCCUCGGCGUGAUCCACCGAGGUCACGAGCAAGAAGCACUGGCUCUGAUGCAGUCUUAUCUGCCUCGCGACACCGGUGCUGGGGCCGGUUACUCCGAAGGUGGUGGACUGUACGCGCUCGGCCUUAUCCACGCGAAUCACGGGGCGGCGAUAACCGAUUAUCUUUUGGGUCAGCUCAAAGACGCGCAAAACGAGAUGGUCAGACACGGUGGAUGUCUCGGCCUGGGACUGGCGGCCAUGGGAUCCUACAGGCAGGAUGUGUACGAAGAAUUGAAAUCGAAUUUGUAUCAGGACGAUGCUGUGACCGGAGAAGCGGCCGGAAUAGCGAUGGGAAUGGUUAUGCUCGGUUCGAAAUCGACUCAAGCGAUCAAGAGUAUGGUUGCUUAUGCUCAAGAAACGCAGCACGAAAAAAUCCUUCGUGGUCUAGCGGUUGGCAUAGCUUUUACGAUGUACGGACGUCUCGAAGAGGCGGAUCCACUGGUGGCCUCGUUGUCCGCUGACAAAGAUCCGAUUCUUCGUCGCAGCGGAAUGUACACCUUGGCGAUGGCGUAUUGCGGCACCGGCAACAACCAAGCGAUAAGGAAACUGCUUCACGUUGCUGUUUCUGACGUGAACGACGACGUGCGUCGUGCCGCCGUAACCGGGCUCGGAUUCCUGCUGUUCCGAACUCCCGAGCAAUGCCCGAGCGUAGUUUCGCUGCUGGCCGAGAGCUACAACCCCCACGUGAGGUACGGGGCUGCGAUGGCCUUGGGAAUCGCGUGCGCCGGUACCGGGCUGAAGGAAGCGAUCGCCCUCCUGGAUCCGAUGACCAAUGAUCCGGUGAAUUUCGUAAGGCAGGGCGCUCUCAUAGCUUCGGCGAUGAUCCUCAUACAGCAGACGGAAGCGACGUGUCCGAGGGUCAAGGAUUUCCGGGCGUUGUACGCGAAGGUAAUAGUCGACAAGCACGAGGACGUUAUGGCGAAAUUCGGAGCUAUUCUGGCCCAAGGAAUCAUCGACGCGGGUGGGAGAAACGUGACGGUGUCCCUGCAGUCGAGAACCGGACACACGAACAUGCUCGCGGUCGUCGGGGCUCUUGUUUUCACUCAAUAUUGGUACUGGUUCCCUCUGGCCCAUUGUCUCGCCCUGGCGUUCACUCCAACCUGCGUGAUCGCCCUCAACGCUCAAUUGAAGAUGCCCAAGCUGGAGCUCCGCUCGAACGCCCGUCCGAGCGUCUACGCGUAUCCGGCGCCUUUGGAGGAGAAAAAACGGGAGGAGCGCGAAAAGGUUACGACGGCAGUUCUGAGCAUGGCCUCCCGGACUCGUCGUCGAGAGUUGGACAGACGAGCUUUGCGUCAUUCUCACGAGAUGAUGGACGUGGAUCCACCGUCGAGCGAGGCCUCGAAAGAAUCCACGCCGGCCGCAGCAGCGGUCGCAGCGGUUAUCGCGACCGCCGCCACUGCCGAGCUCAAGGACAGCAGCAAGGACGAGAAGAAACGGGAAAAGGAAGAGAAGAACGAGAAAAAAGGUGCGAAGGAAGAAACCGGAGAGAAGAGCGAGACGAGGGAGAAGAAAGAGCCGGAGCCGACUUUCGAAAUACUCCAGAAUCCGGCCCGAGUCCUCCGGCAACAACUCAAAGUGAUCCAACUCUUCGAGGACAGUCGGUACGCCCCCGUCAAGGACGUCCAGAUCGGCGGUAUCGUCAUGGUCAAGGACAUCGAACCGUUUAGUAAAGAAGAGCUCGUCGAGCCGGUCGCAGCAUUCGGGCCAAAGCCUGACGAGGAGAAGGAGACCGAUCCCCCCGAGCCGUUCGAGUACACCGAGGAUUGAACAAUCUUGCCUGCCACCAGCUUAUUUUCCUCCAUUCGCGGUAAUCCUCUGUCCGUCGGCCAUCGCUAGAUUCGUCCCCGUUAUCUGCGACUAUUCGUUUUCCGCCGGCACUCUACCGGUCACUAUAUAACGUAGGAAAUUGUCAAUCUUGUUUUGUAAUAAGCGAAUAAAAUGAUCCGGGGAUCUUUUGCGUA